GCGCUGCUGUUGACAGAUGCCGAGAGGAGCAGGGCUGUGAUUGGUCCGUCGCUGUGGGUGUUUCCGCAUUCCGCGCAGAGCUGUGUGCAGAAGACGGAGCGAGGACGGUCGCGUCUGAAGACAGCCUCCUCCAGUCAUUCCCAGAGGAAUAGCGGUCCAUCGCCCGGAAGCAGAGAUGCCUUACAUGUUCAUCAGUACGCAGAUCAGACUGGAGACUGGUCCAACUAAUGUGGGGGAUGAAUAUUCGGAUCCAGCUCUCAUGAACUACCUGGGAGCAAGGAAAACAACCAUACUGGGAAACAAUUUUGCCGAGUACCAUGUGGACGACCCGCCUCGCCUGGUGUUGGACAAACUAGAAAAGAUGGGGUUCCGCGUGCAGGCGAUGACGGGGGUAGGACAGACGCUGGUGUGGUGCCUGCACAAGGAGACGGAGUGAUCAAUCAUGGUGCGAGUGUUGGCUGUAUCAUAAUGCCUCCAGAAUAAUGAAAGAGAAGAACUAAACGUUGGCUCUACAUUGAACACAAUGACAGCUCAAAACCAGCCUUCUGUCAAGUGCAAAUAAAGUCCUAAAGAUGAGAUUAUCUCAGAGGUAAGGUUUCAGAUUACCUUAAAGAGGUGACAGGUCAACAAUUUCAGGGCAAUACUAAACUACAUUCCAGAUUUUAAAAGACCUUUAGCCCAUAUUGUUUGCUGUUUACUUCUGCUGACCAAAUGAGAGUGAGGGCCAGUUUAACUGUUUGCUAAAUCAUUUGGCAGUUAAACUUAAUAAGGCAUGUCGCUAAUUUCUGCCUCACCCAGUUCUCCCUGUUUUCUGUCCAAUAAAUAAAACACUUCUCCAGAUAGAGAACUAUACUUGCA